AUGUCGGAGGGUGACGAGCGGCUGAGCCCCUUGGUCAAGAAGGUUGAUAAACUAAUCUCCAAGAUAACCUCAUCCGGCCAGCACUCAUCAUCGAAUCUCAUCAACGAGGUCGGGCAGGUCUGUGUGGAGCUGACGCCGUCGAGGGAUCAGUCGUGGAGGGCUGCAAAAAGGGUCCUUGCUGUUGGCUCUAUAGAGAACAAGGGCUACCUCGCUAUGUGUCUGGUGGACUCCAUCGUCCGUCACGAGACUAAGCAUAAGAGCCCGGAUGCUCGCUGCUCCUUUGCUGACCUGUUCUCGGAUCAUGUCUGCCGACUAACCCGGAGGGCACUGUCAGUGCAUGCGACCGACAGCGAGCUUGGCAGAAUGAGUAAGAUGAUCCAAGGAUGGGUUGUCAAGAAGCGUUUCGAUUCGGGGGUUACGAAGAAACUGAAAUCCCUCGUUCCUGAUGCAUCCGAUGCUCUCCACAAUGGCAGUCACCGGCGGCGACAGUCCAAGCGUAAACGGAGAAGUCGAGAUCUCGAUGACGGCGUGUCACCAACGGUGUCACCAUCCAGGGCCGGCGUCCCCAUUGCGUCCUCCUGCCCUCGAUGCGAGUCACCGAAGGAAGGAGUCUCGACGGGGGUCCAGGAGGAGCCGAUCGCGGGAUCGAGGCCAUCGGGGAAGAAGCACCGCAGCUCAUCUCAUGGGCGACGAUCAUUUGGUCGUCACGCCGAUAACGAUGUUAAUGUGGAACUACCAAAAACGGUACCCCAGCAUGGCGGUUGGGAUGUGCCUCCGGUACAGCCACCACCACCUUAUUCGGCCCAGGGCUUUAACAACCCUAUGGGGGGCUUCCCUCUGCCUCCCCCUACUGGUGGUAGGCCGACCCCGCCGGGCCCAGCGUUUGUCCCUCCCCAAUUCCCUAGUGUGAUGGGGAUGCCCCAGGCUGUUUUUGGUGCCCCUCGACAACAGCCGUUGUAUACUAUCCCAGCCGCUACUCCUUCUCCUCCCCCUCCCCCGGGUCCUGCAUUUGGUCAGCGACCCCAAGGGGUCAAUGUGGAUGUGACGACGGCGACGAGGAGUGGUGAUGAUGAUGACGAGUCGAGCGAGAUGGAUAUCGAUAGCCCUCGGGUGGUGGGAGAGAAGGAAGAGGAGGAAGUGGCGGUGGUGGUUGAAAAAAAGGAGGGUGCAGGGGUCGAACCUGUGAAGGAUGGAGGUAGCCCGACUGCGGCAGAGGAUGCCGACGCACUGGACAGUUUAGGCGAGGUUUCUAAUCAAGAAGGGAGGCAAGGGGGUGAGGAAGAAGAGGAGGACGAAUUUGAUUGGGAUUGA